GAUGCCCCAUGUGUCCCCUAUACCCCCAACACCCCAUGCCAAACCCCCUGGGAUGGGUGCCCCACGUGUGACACCCGCUAUCAGGCCACGCUGGAAAAAUGUGCCAAGUGUGGGGAGCUGAUCACGGAGCGCAUUGUCCGCGCCCUGGGGAAGGGCUACCACCCCGGCUGCUUCUCCUGCGCCGCCUGUGGCCGGGCCAUCGGCGCCGAGAGCUUCGCCGUGGACGAGCGGGACGAGGGUUACUGCGUGGCCGACUUCUACCGGAAAUACGCCGUGGUGUGCAGCGCCUGCCAGCGCCCCAUCAUCCCCCAUGAGGACAAGGACACCUACAAGAUCGAGUGCCUGGGACGCACUUUCCACGAAAGCUGCUACCGCUGCGAGAGCUGUGGGACGCCCCUGUCACCGGAGCCUACGGAGAACGGGUGCUACCCCCUGGGCGACCACCUCCUCUGCAAAUCCUGCCACGUCCGCCGGCGAAACGAGUCGUCCUGCUAA